AUAAGCUAUGUGUCUCCACAUUAUGGAAGUUUGAAUGGAGAGACCAGACUAACAAUAGUAGGUAGGGGUUUUUCUGUAAACCAGUAUGACGCAGGUAACCAGGUUAAACUAGUAUCAUCGUAUAGAGAAUAUGACUGUCCAGUUCUGAAGGAUGGUACAACUGAAACUAGAAUCAUCUGUUAUACUCCACAAAAUAUGGUUGGAGACACUUACUAUAUUAGAGUUUCUGUUGAUGGAGAGGCUGUUCUGGCAAAUCGACAUUGUGGAUACUCCACCGAUUAUAGAUGUUCUUUCGUACCCAGUAUAUGGUACACGCCGACAAUUACUAGCCUUGAACCACAGUCUCAAUCUGGAAUUCCAGGGGGCAUUCUUCACCUUAAUGGCAAAAUAUUUACCGGUGUGUACGGAAGCAAUGUCUUCCCCGAAGAAAUAAAAAAUGGAGUCACAGAACGUAUUUUGAGGGUGUAUGCUGCAGGACAGCUUUGUGAAAUGAAGGCAGAGAAUGACACAUUCUACGGAUUCGAGUUAAACAAUGGAGGAUACAGUACCUAUGGUUACAUAAAAUGUUUAAUGAAAGGGACAUUUGUAGGAAACUUUAAUGCCAGUUUUAUAAUAGAAGGACACUACGGUCGAUCUUUGCCACAGAAAGAGGUGAUAAGAGUAGCCAGAAAUGAUGACAUCUAUAUGUAUCAGACCUAUGCAGUUAUUAAUGGUGUAUCCCCAUCAAGUGGAAGUACUCAAGGCAGAACCAGGUUGUCUAUUACUGGACAAUAUUUUGAUGAAACAGAAAAACCUGUUCGUGUUGUUGUUGGAGGAUCUGAAUGUCAGGUUACAGAGACGGUGACAGAUGGAUUGAUAGUUUGUGAAACAGAUGAACAAGUGUCAGCUCUGAGAUAUUCUGGAAACAGAGGCUUGUUAUAUGAACGUCACAGCGACCACUAUUACAGUUUGAAUGACUUAACAAAGAUUUUAGACUUGACUACAGAUGAUAAUACAACAACAACUAAAGUCAUUGACCAUUUCUAUUUUUCUGAUUUAAAUAUUGGAGGGAACCAUGUGACCAGGAUACAUGGAUUCUACGUUCCUCCCCAUUCAGGACGAUGGACAUUUCAUUUACAGUGUUAUUAUCUGGGGAAGCUGUAUCUAAGCACUGAUCAAGAUCCAACAAACAAGGUUCAGUUGGCAAGUUCAUCUUCAUCCUAUGGAUAUUCUAUUUCUGAUGUUAUAGAACUUGAGAAAGAUAAACAUUAUUAUAUUGAAGUUUUACAAUCCGGAGUAGGAUCAAGCACAAUCAGAGUCGCUGCUCGUCAUCUGGACACAAAAUUUAACGAUAGGAUGACUGGGAUGGCUGAUCAGGAGAAACAAAGUAUCAGUGUCACAUCUUCAGUUGAAAGAGAAAUCCAGUCAGUUCAGGUUCAGAUGACCAGUACGGGAGCAGAGGUUUAUGAAAAACAACAGGUGACCAUUGAAGAGGAUGCUGGAUAUCUGAGUGAUGCUAAGUUUCAGCUCGGUUUCUAUGGUGUUUUCACUGAACCUUUUGAUGUGAUCACAGAAGGGGAGGUAAUGGCAUAUGCUCUGAGUAGUCUCCCUUUCUUAGAUGGCAAGGAAUCUGUGACAAUAACAACAGCACAAUUAAUGGAGGGACCACCAGGCAUUGUCAUAAAUAUAACCAUGGUGUCAGAAAGAGGAAACUUUCCUGACAUUGAUGUCAAGGUCAUCAAUGGAACAGCUGGGGAAACACUCUCUACUAAAGUAACAGAAUUAGUUAAAGGUGUACCUAGUGGGAAUUACUAUGUACUAUAUUUAGCUUCUAAACCAUCUCCAUUGCUCCCUGUAGAGGCAAGUGCUGGGCAGGUAAAAACUGCAUUGGACCUUAUGUUUGGAACUCGCUGUCCAAGUUUCUUAAAAGAUCCUCCUGCUGACAAAAUAUUCUUUGAUCAUGAACCAAAAUCGCAAUCUGGUGUUACCAUAACGAUGGAAAUUGAACCUUUUUGUGGACAAUAUGUUGGUAAAAAUCCAUCAUCAUUAUAUGAAGUAACAGACAGCAGUUCUAAAGGCCUCUCAUUGUCCUCUAAAGUGAAUGUACUAUGCUUUGCAUAUCUGGGUAACCAGCUGAAAAAUGGUAUAGGAAUUACCUACUCCUAUGAAGAUGUUAAUGGUACAGUACACAAUGCUACUAACAGUAUUCCUCUGACAUUUGAAAGAAAAUCAGGAUGGCAUUAUGUUUGUGUAGAAAUAUUCAGUGCUGUUAAAGGAUUUCAACCACAAGGGUCGUCCUUUUACAUGAGAAGGAUAUAUGUUAGCAAGAAUGAUUAUACAAGAAACUUUUAUAUUGAUGAUAUCUAUAUAGGACGUGAACAACCCACAGAGAAUGUUGAAGUUGUAAAUAGUUACAGAAUGCUUCCUGUAAGUUUGGGCAGUACACGUAUUGAUAGAGUAGAUGUGAGAUCUACAGAAGGUCUUUUGGAGGUCACAUUUGUACCAUAUCUAUGUGGCCAUAAAAUACCACUAUUAACUAUAGAACCUGGACAGGUUGGAUCAGGGGUACAAAUAGAUAUUAAAAGAUUACAGGCAGCUUCACCUCCUAUCAGUGGAACAUUCAGCAUUACCUUUAAAAAUAAAACCAAAUCAGGUAUUCCACAUGAUACAAGCUCUGCAGCAUUGACUGAUAUUUUGGAAUCAAUAGAUGGUAUUGGAGCUAUUUCUAUAUAUCGAUAUGGUACCUGUUCAAAUUUUGACUACCAUAUAAGAUUUACAACAUUAGCUGGUGACCAGCCUCAAAUACAGGUUAACUCAUCUUUGGCCGGGAGGAAAGUUGUUGUUAAUGUAUACACCCUAACUAAUGGUGGAUUAUGGUACAAUCCAAUCCCAGGAGAUAUGUUAUAUACAGAUCAUAGUAAACCUCAGGUACUAGCAUAUGUAAAUGAUGUUCCUACACUAUGUACAGAUGACUGUAGUUAUGAAUGGUCAGCUGCAAGUACACCAACAAUUACUGCAAUAAGUCCUGUUACAGGUGCAAAUGGGACAGAAAUACAAAUCACCGGUACUAAACUUGGAUCCGACAAUAGUGCAGUGACUAUAGGGGGAGUACCAUGUGUGAUAACAGCCAUUACAACAACCUCAAUCACUUGUACUGUCGGUGAGGGAUCUUAUGGAACCUAUGAAGUCGAAGUUAUCGAUGGUGGAAAAGGGAAGGCUCUACACAAUGGUGCAACUAAAACUUUCACUUAUUCGAUGGCAAUAACUGAUAUCAGUCCAACCUUUGGAACUAUUGGUGGAGGAAUAACUUUAGCAUUAAGUGGCUAUGGUUUUAGUCCCAAUGCUGAGGUCACAAUAGGGAGCAAGGCCUGUGAAGUAACCAGUACAGGUCCAGUAGAGAUUGAUUGUAUUAUACCAGAACAUAAUUAUUGA